UUUUUUGACAGACGACUUCCUGGCUUUGAUAUUUGACAGUUUGUGGCCAUAACAUAACUCGAAGUAAAAUGGAUUCUCGUCGUUAAUUUUUUUAUUGGAAGUAGGCUUAUUUUUAAACUAUAUUUAAAAGAGAAUAGCACUUAAUUAAUUUAAAAACAUAAUUAAAUGUUUGAAGAACAUAUUCAUUAUCGUCUUUCGUAAGUGUGCUUGAAGAGAGUUAAAAAUGAAUGAACAAUCUUCAAGUAGUGUAUUUACAAAUGACAACAUUGAAGAUAUAGUGCCAUCGGAAUGGAAAUACCAAGUCACACAAAAACUAUUUUAUGGCAUCCCACAAAAACUAGAAAUAUCUCUAAAAGUAGCGCUAUUUUCCCAAGAAGACAUCGCCGCGUGGAUCGAAGCAUUAGAGGAAAAAACACACUGUAACUAUUCAAUAGUACAUACUAGAAAAGUAGCUGGUCAAAAAUUAGUUUUUAAACGGUACUUCCACUGUCACCACCGCACCAGAAGUAAACAAACGUACCCCUCAAGAUGGGGCACGAAAAAUACCAACUGUCCAUCUAAAUUGAUUAUUUCUUUGUUGAAAACUGGAAACAAAAAGUUUCAAGAGAAAGGAAAGUUGCCGCCGGAUCCAAAAAUGCCAUGCAUAAUAGAUUACGUCGUUACACAUAAUCAUUCCCCCCUUCUAAGUGCUAAAUUCAGGAAAGUUUGUCAUAAUGUGAACAAAGAAUUGUUAAAUUUGUUUUCGAAAGGACAUUCUGCAUCAACGGCGUUCGAAACUAUUAGGAGUGGAGUUCAGAUUAAUAACCCGACUGAUUAUGAAGAUUUACUAGUAAACCGUAGUGUGUGUCCCGAUCGUAAUUAUUGCCACAAAUGGUUCAACGAAUAUAAGAAAGAACACGGAACAAUUGACGUAAAAGAUAAAACCUUUGUAUCAAAAAGGUUGCAAGAAUUUAACAUAGAAGUAAAUGAAGAAUGCGGCAAAAUUGAAAUUAUGGAUGAUGGUUUUGUUAUUGUGUUGUGCCCGCCGUUAUUUAAACGAGUUCAUCAGUACAUUAAAUCACCUUCAGAAGUAGUUUUUGUGGCAGCCAUUAAUCCGGCAGACAACGAUGGCAGCAAAGCAUUCUUCUUAAUGACCCACAGCGAAUGCGGUGCUCUUCCCUUAGGCAUUAUCAUCACCAGCUCAGAAAACUCCGAACUCAUUACUGCCGGUCUAAACACGUUGAAAGUGCUAGUUGGCGACACGAUGUUUUUCGGGAGGAAAGAAGGACCGCAGUUGUUUUUAGUAGACGAUUGCGAAGCUGUACAGAUGGCGAUUAAUACAGUUUGGCCCGAAACGAAUAUUCUAUUUUGCAGUUUACAUAUUUUGCACAGUUUAUGGAAAUAUUUGCUUUGUUCGAAGAAUGGAAUAAAUAAGGACGAACCUAUAAAUUUCUUCAAACAGUUUAGAAUGAUUAUGUAUGCCGAUACCGUAGAUGAAUGUAAUCAAUGUUACAGCGAAGCAAUGUUGUCGGCGGCGAAUCAUCCAAAUUAUUUGCAAAUUUUAGAAGCGUAUUGGGAUAAGAGGGAUAUGUGGACGAUGAGUUAUAGAAAUUGCUUACUACCCAGUGAUAACUUGAAAAUAAACAGCUUGGAGAAAAUGAUGUGUUUGUUAAGGGAACCAAUGUUUCACAGAAUGAGGUCAUUCAAUGUUAUACAGCUAGUAGAUUUCCUUUUAACGAAAUUCGUCGACUUUUACACUUUAAGAUUGUUGGAUGCAGCAAAUAAUAGGUUAAUAAGAGAUAUGUCAAGAAAAAUUCCUCUACCACCGGACGUUAAAGAUUUAGAACAAGUUAACAGUUAUUUAUAUUUAGUACCAAGCAUAAAACUACCAUAUAUAAGAUAUUACGUUAAUAUUGAAAUCGUUGCUUGUACGUGUUUAAAAUAUACCACAGGAUAUAUUUGCAAUCACAUAGGUUGGCUGCUGACUAUGUUUCUUUCAUAUCAAGACCAAAUUGAAGAUCACAAUGUACGAGAAAUUUUUCAAAAAACUGCCACUGGUGAACGUUUUCUACCAGAACAACCUUAUGAAGUUUUCCAAGAAACAGAAGAAUUAGAUCCGAAAAUGAAAUACGCAGAACCCGAAUCUAAAGUAGUUGAACAGUUGAUAAUUGCCGGGAACGAAGUAAUUAAAUUGCAAAUCGUAAAUGACGAAGUAGAUCCUAAUGUAUCGAUGCCAAUGCAAAUAUCAAAUUUGCCUUAUGUCUCCGGUGUACUGGUGCCUGUAGUGACGGACGAGCAAGCAUUGGAAGCGGCCGAAAAUGUUAAUCAGGAACUGUUUGGUACCUUCAGUGGUUUUUUGAAGAAGUCCCCGUUAUUAGUCGGACCUGUUUUACAACGUAUGCUUAAUAAGACGAAAUCUUUAAAUUCUGUGGAAGAUUUUUUGGUGGCGUGUCAGAAAUUCAAUGAAGAUGGUACCCCUAGUUGAAAAUAUGGACCUCAUGCUUUUAGGAUCUACCUAUGUCGUUUAUGGGUAAUUUUUUUCACUAAUCACAAAGAUACAGAGAAGAACUUCGAUAACGAUGCGGUUAUUGAAACUUAAAAAGAAGCUGUGGUAACUUCUAAACUGUAUUAAGUAUAAAUACCAUUUGUGGGUAUACCACUUAGUCCAAAAUAAAGUUCACAAAUGUAAAAGACGAUUUAAAUACUUUGUGCAGAAUCUGUU